AUGGAGGGCAGUGCGCUCCAGGCGUUGCGACUAACGCCCGCGGCCGCUUCUCGCGUCUCAGGGCCACGCACCGGCGCUAACGAAGGUGAGUGUCGCAAGCUGUUCGGACAAAGUGUUCAUCGUGUGGAUCUCAUCCCACCGCGUCUUGAUCGCAGCAGCGGCGACGGAGGCAGAGAUGGCGACGCGCGGGUUGUGCAAGUGACCCCCGCCUCGGCGCGCCGCACAGUGGGCAGAAACGAGCAGAAAGAAGAACGGAAGAAAAACUUCAGAAGAAAAACUGAAUUCCCUCAUGACGACGAAAGUAUAAAUGUUAACUCUCGU